AUUAUAGACUUCUACUGUUCGUCCGUUCCCCCACCCAACCCCCUCUCCCUGGUUAUUUCCCCUCUACCCAGCAGUUGCAGCGCUGCUGCAAUUUGCAGGUUCAUCUAUACGUACAACUUUUUCUGUAUCUAUAUAUAUUUAUGUAGCCUUGUUUAUUUGUAUCUAGGAGAUAUACACUUCGAUAUACUGUAAUAAGCUGUGUAAGGACACUCACAUAAAGUGUGAUUUGAUAUGUAGAGAAAAGCAUUUCACUUUUUAGAGAGAGAAAGUAAAGAGAUAGAAAGAGAAAGACAGAGUCAUCUUCUUUAUGCAAUGCGGUGAGUGCGCAGUUGAACUAGCAAAAGGGUUAGAAGAUGAUGUGCGGACUUAUUGAUCUAAAUACUGUGGAUAACGAUGACGUCGGAGAAGAAACGACGGCGCCGGUGUCACCAGCGUCAUCGUCGACGGCGUCUGGAUGUUCGGAUUUGACGUCGUCAUCUCUGCCGGCGGUGGCAUCGGUGUGUCUGGAGCUGUGGCAUGCGUGUGCUGGACCGUUGAUUUCUCUGCCGAAGAAAGGAAGUGCUGUUGUGUACCUACCUCAAGGUCACUUGGAACAUCUCUCUGAGUACCCGCCCAUAGCCUAUAACCUCCCUCCUCACGUUUUUUGUCGCGUCGUAGACGUGAAGCUACAAGCGGAUGCGGCAAGUGAUGAGGUCUAUGCACAAGUCUCACUGGUUCCAGACAAUCAGAUUGAGCAGAAAUGGAGGGAUGGAGACAUUGAUGCAGAUACUGAAGAGGAGGAAAUAGAAGGUGCUGGAAAAUCAACAACACCACACAUGUUCUGCAAGACUCUCACUGCUUCAGAUACCAGCACUCAUGGCGGUUUUUCUGUCCCUCGCCGGGCUGCAGAAGAUUGCUUUCCUCCAUUGGAUUACAGACAACAGAGGCCCUCACAGGAGCUGGUAGCCAAAGAUCUACAUGGUAUCGAGUGGAAAUUUCGGCAUAUCUAUCGCGGUCAGCCACGAAGGCAUCUGCUCACUACAGGAUGGAGUGCGUUUGUAAACAAGAAGAAGCUUGUUUCUGGUGACGCUGUGCUUUUCUUAAGGACUGCUGAUGGAGAACUUAGGCUAGGAGUGAGACGAGCUGCCCAAGCUAAAACAUGUUCAAAUUAUCUAGCUGCCUAUAGCCAACUGUUGAAUGUCAGUGGUAUUGUAGAUGUGGUUAAUGCCAUAUCUAGCACAAAUGCCUUCAGCAUCUGUUAUAACCCGAGGGGUGGCUCAUCAGGCUUCGUUUUACCUUACCACAAAUUCUCAAAGACUCUUGCACAUCCCUUUUCAGCUGGAAUGAGAUUUAAGAUGCGUGUCGAAACAGAAGAUGCAGCUGAACAAAGGUUCACUGGACUUGUUGUAGGAGUCAGCGAUGUAGAUCCAGUUCGCUGGCCUGGUUCUAAAUGGAGGUGCCUAUUGGUCAGGUGGGAUGAUCUUGAUGUUUCUCGGCAUAAUAGGGUUUCACCGUGGGAAAUUGAGCCAUCUGGUUCAGCUCCUGUAUCCAGCAGCUUGGUGAUGCCAUCUGCGAAGAGAACCAGGGUUGGCUUUCCAAUUACAAAGGCCGAUUUUCCAAUUCCUAGAGAUGGGAUUGCAGUAUCAGACUUUGGGGAAUCUUCUAGGUUCCAGAAGGUCUUGCAAGGUCAAGAAAUUUUGGGGAUUAAUUCUCCUUAUGGCGGUUUUGAUGCUCACAGUCCUCGUACAGGGGGGAUAAGAUGCUUUCCUGGUUUUCCUAGUUCUGGGACAUCUAGAAUGGGAAACAGCAUCAGAACCCUGCUUGGUGACAGUGACAAGUCCCCUGAAAGCAUUGGCUUUAGUGAUCCUUCUCGAUUCAAUAAGGUCUUGCAAGGUCAAGAAACUUUUUCAACCCCUCCUUAUGGGAGAGGUCAUGCUGGUAGCCUAAUGCAGGAAAAAAGUAGAACUGGUAUUAUCGUCGGUAUUCAGGUUCCAAGCCACGUAAACAGGUGGUCUGCUCCAAAUCAGGGUAAUCGCAGUCAUUGCAAUCCAAGUACUCUUGUCCCGGCAUCAUCACCACCUUCUGUGCUCAGCUUUCAGCAUCCCAGGUCUCCAGCGUCAAAGUUCCAGGCUAUGUUCAAUCAUAAACAUGGGAAGCUUGAGACUGCUACCCAGGCUUUGGAUAUGUCUGAGAGCUGUAGUAGGCAUCUCGCAUCUGGCUCACAUGCCGAGGACAUCAGUAGGAAGGGAGACACUCAAGGAAUCAGUUCUUUUAGUAUCUUAAAGGAGCAAAAGCAAACAGGAAUUUCAUAUCUUUCUCUUGGGACUCAGUCGUCUCAAAACUUAGUUUCCAUGUGUAAAACCAGUUGCAGGAUCUUUGGAUUCCCCUUGACCGAGAAUAAACUAAAUGCAACUAGAGCAGAGAAUCCUGCUGAAGCUGUAUAUUCACGUGGUCUAGAAACAACAUUUCUGCCUUCCACUGAUGGAAAGUUGCAGCCAGGGCCACCAUUGAUGACUAAUGUUGUGGGAACAAACUUUACUAGAGUAAAUGACCUCUAUGCCGCAAGAGAUGUGCUUCUUGAUAUUGCUCUGUAGCAAGUAUUUGUUGUGACAUCAUGAGCAUAUGUAAACUGAAGGAUUUGUGCGCAGUAUUAUUGAUUCUUAGCUUUUAGUUGGCUGAUUAGUUUUGGCCAAUGGACUCAAGCAUGUAGUUGUCAGUAGAAUGCUUAUCCAGAGAUGAGUAUUGAGAGUUUUGUUGCAAGGAACACCGUGAAGAUUAGUAUUGUCGAGGGAAGUAUGUGCUUGAAUUUGCAUGUAUGUUCCUGCGAUGUUGAUGUACCAUGAUGUAACAAUCGGAAGAUGUGUUGCUGCAUCAUGAUGUCUGUAUGAUAAUUGCGCUAUGCUUGAAAUUACCUAGUGAGCUAUCUUUAGGUUUGACAUAUAGUUGUAUUUAUAUAUUUGCCUACUUAGUUUUGCUAUGAACUAACUCAAGUUCCUAUGAAAGACGAAAGUCUGUUGUAGCUGUUCUUAUCUCAGAGCACAUUGUAAUCUUUAAGGAAUUGUGCAUAGUUCUGUAAUUUAACAGGGCUGAAUAUGAUUUCCUGUUUGUUCUUUGCUGAACUUGUAUUCCAGAAUUUCUGCUAGUGUGUUAUUAUUAGCUUUGGAUUA